AUGAUAAAAGCUGAUAAACAUCAAAACCUUGUUCCUGCGUAUGAUUUAGUCAACGGGAUUAAAAAUAAAUGACUCAAAGCUGGCCACUUUGAUAACACCAAAAUCAAGGCAGCUUGGAAAAAUAAAGGAAAAAAUCAGCGCAGAAUAAGCGAUUCAGAACUGCUCCAUAAAGAAAAUUUUGAACUAGACUCAGAUCAAUGCAUUGAUUAUUUGGCAAGUCUAAAAAUGAAUAGAAGAACUUUGAGCUCGACUUCUUUUUUAAUUCUCAAUAUUCCUCAGAAAAUAUCUAAACGAAGCACGAUAAAAAACAUUUUAAAUUUUCCUGAUAUAAAUCCUAACAAAAGCAUUACUCUGCCAAUGAUAGUUCAGAGGAUUGAUAAAUCUAAAAGCAGAUCAGUGAGCUUCCUAAAGCUCAAACUUCUUCCAAAAUUAAAACAAAAAAACAUUAUUUCCGAACCUCUAAGCAAUUUCGGCUCUAGGCCAGAUUCAAUAAAGUCUUACACCACAGAAGAUGAAGAAAGAUUCUGACCAAAAGCCAAGUAUUCACACAAUACCGAAUAA